GGCAGCGGCGGCGGAGCCGGGCGCGGCUGGCGGCGGCCCGAGGCGCGGCCGGGCGGGAUCAUGGCGGACGGCGUGGACCACAUCGACAUCUACGCCGAUGUGGGCGAGGAGUUCAACCAGGAAGCUGAAUAUGGUGGACAUGAUCAGAUUGAUUUGUACGAUGAUGUAAUCUCUCCUUCUGCGAAUAAUGGGGAUGCCCCAGAAGAUCGUGACUACAUGGAUUCUCUCCCACCUUCAGUUGGAGACGAUGUAGGUAAAGGAGCUGCACCAAAUGUUGUCUACACGUAUACUGGAAAGAGAAUUGCCUUGUACAUUGGAAACCUUACUUGGUGGACGACAGAUGAAGACUUAACUGAAGCGGUUCAUUCAUUGGGGGUAAAUGAUAUUUUGGAGAUAAAGUUUUUUGAAAACCGUGCUAAUGGCCAAUCUAAAGGGUUUGCCCUUGUGGGUGUGGGAUCGGAAGCAUCCUCCAAAAAGUUGAUGGAUUUGUUGCCUAAAAGAGAAUUGCACGGGCAGAAUCCUGUUGUGACUCCAUGUAAUAAACAAUUUCUGAGUCAGUUUGAAAUGCAGUCAAGGAAAACCACGCAGUCUGGACAGAUGUCUGGGGAAGGUAAAGCUGGUCCUCCAGGAGGAAGCUCAAGAGCAGCAUUUCCACCUAGUAAUAGAGGGCGAGGCCGUUUCCCAGGUGCCAUUCCAGGUGGAGACAGAUUCCCUGGACCAGCUGGGCCAGGAGGGCCACCACCACCGUUCCCAGCUGGACAAACUCCCCCACGUCCACCUUUAGGCCCUCCUGGUCCACCGGGCCCACCAGGCCCCCCACCUCCUGGUCAGGUCCUCCCACCUCCUUUAGCUGGACCUCCUAAUCGUGGUGACCGUCCACCACCACCAGUUCUGUUUCCAGGACAGCCUUUUGGUCAGCCUCCACUUGGGCCACUUCCUCCAGGCCCUCCACCACCAGUUCCAGGCUAUGGACCGCCCCCGGGUCCGCCACCACCUCAGCAGGGUCCACCUCCACCUCCGGGUCCAUUUCCCCCUCGUCCACCUGGCCCUCUCGGGCCACCCCUGACUCUCGCUCCUCCUCCACAUCUCCCCGGGCCACCUCCAGGUGCUCCACCACCCGCACCACAUGUGAAUCCAGCUUUCUUCCCCCCACCUGCCAAUAGUGGCAUACCUACUUCAGACAGCCGUGGCCCACCUCCAACGGAUCCAUAUGGCCGACCUCCACCAUAUGACAGAGGUGACUAUGGGCCACCUGGAAGGCGUUUCACUGGAAAUAACAUGUCCAUAAGAGAAAAAUUACAUAUUCCAUUCUAUGGGAGGCACACGAAAAAUAAUACUCAAAACUCAGGGAGAGAGAUGGAUGCUGCAAGGACACCUUUAAGUGAAGCAGAAUUUGAAGAAAUCAUGAACAGAAAUAGGGCAAUCUCAAGCAGUGCCAUUUCAAGAGCUGUAUCAGAUGCCAGUGCUGGGGACUAUGGAAGUGCUAUAGAGACCCUGGUAACUGCCAUUUCCUUAAUUAAACAGUCCAAAGUAUCUGCUGAUGAUCGUUGUAAAGUACUUAUUAGCUCUCUUCAAGACUGCCUUCAUGGAAUUGAGUCCAAGUCCUAUGGUUCUGGAUCCAGAAGACGUGAACGAUCCAGGGAGAGGGACCACAGUAGGUCACGAGAAAAAAGCAGACGCCAUAAAUCACGUAGCAGAGAUCGUCACGAUGACUAUUAUCGGGAACGAAGCCGAGAAAGAGAGAGACAUCGUGAUCGUGACAGAGAUCGUGACAGAGAACGAGACAGAGAGAGAGAAUAUCGCCAUCGCUAAAGAAGCAUCUGAAAUGAACUUAGGUAAGUAAUGACAGGUAACUCUGGCCUCGGGAGGGAGACUUGGUGUGAUUCCUUCUGCAGCUGGCAUGCCUUCUUUUUAAUUUUAGAUGGUAGUAAUGUUUGCAAGUUUCAUGAAGUGCAGUUGAACCAAUUCUUAACAAGCAGUAAGCCAGGCUGGUAAUUCUGCUCUCUUGUAAUCUUAAAAGGUGAUAGUAAAUGUAUGUUUGUAUUUUUCAUUUGUAUCAUAAAAGAAAAGAAAAUCUACUGCAGCAAUUAGCUCCUCGUGUGUCAUGUGAGUAUUAUUUCAACGUAGGGAACACGAGUACAUGCAGGUGCUGUCCUUGCGCUGGUAGAUAUUUUUUUGUUUCAGUAAAUAUUACUCAAAUUCAGGAAAUGUAGCUGGAUUUUGGACCUUACUGUAAAAAACGUGGCCUCUCACUUUUUUCUGUCUGCUGGCUAAAUUUAGGUGUUAUUGCCAAUAAGAUUUAUGGUCAGUUCUUCACCACCCUGCUUUGUCAUUCCCUCCCUCCUCUGAACAGUAAACUCAUUUUCUGAAGACUAGUAAAUGAGUGUAUGACACAAGGAUUGGUUCUUUUCUGGUUAUUCACAUACUAAAAUGUUCUUUCAUUUCAUGUAUCUGCAAUCUUGCAUGCAUCAAAUGUCUAGAUAGCUAUCAAGUAACAGGUUAAAUAAUGCUUUCUUUAGUGUGCUGCUGGAAGCUUUAAAAUGUAUGUGGACAUUCACCUUUAACAUACUGUUUUGAGGACUGGUAACCCAAGCUGCUCGAGAUUCCUUAUAUUUGGCAAUUAGGGGGAGAAAAGAACCCUACGUAUUGUUUUUGCUGCCAUAGUCUUUUCCAUUUUUAGAAUUUCCCACUACACCUAUACUCAAAUUGAAACCCAGCAGACUUUGCCUGUCUGCCCAGCUUCCAUCUCUUAGGUCUACUCUCAGGUUUAGUUUCCAGAUUUUCUUGUGACGUUUAUUCAUGUAAGCUAAUUUAGAGAAGUUAAAACAGAGCAGAACUCAUUACAAAUCAUGUAAACUGUAAUUUAUUCCUAGAUGCAGACAUUCCUAUAAUUUUACAUCAUUUGAAUAUCAUAUUUUACAUGCUAGGCUUUUGUGUCUCUGAGAAAAGAAAUUAAAUUCUUUAGUCUACUAAAUAUUAAGUGGCAUGCUGGGUUAUUUGUUUGGACUAGAUGAUCUUAGGGGUCUUCUCCAACUCUGAUGAUGCUAUAUUCUAAAAAAGCAGUAAUGUAUAUUGAGAUGGGGAGUCAAAGGCUUAAAUAGAAAACAGAAAUGUGGCAACUGAAAUAAAGUUGGCAGUAGUAUAUAUCUGUUAAUGCCACUUUUUUGUCAUCAAAAACGGAUUGGUAGAAAUCGUUCUGGAGUUGCAUAAAAAUAGCAACUGUGGUUUUUAAUUGUAUAUUUAAGCUCUGACAUUUUACAGAUUUAACAGAAGUAAAUGCAGUUUCUUUUGUUGAACUGUAUUUUUCCCUUUUAUCAUAAAUUACUAUUUGUGAUAUUUGCAAAUAGUUCUUAUUACUAGGAGGUAACCAUUGAGCUGAAUGAUGGAUGUACUUCCAGAGUUGUUUUUUUUACUUCUAUUGGAGCUGAGCAAGAUACACUAAAAAUUGUUAAUCUGGGGUUUGGCAACUAUUUUUUUGUCCUUGACAUACUUUGUAAAUAUAGAUUUAAAUUUUGUGUAUUUAGACUAUUGUAUAUGCCUAUGUAGAGCUUCUGUGCCAAGUACAGAUUCCCUACCCAAUCAGCCCAACAAAACAUGUCCAGUACUAUUAGGUUGCAUUUUGUAAUAUCCAAAACACAAUUUCAAAAUUAGUUUUAGUCUUAUCGUGGGACUGGGCUCGAUCUCAGUUCACGUGGGAUUUAUAUAUGCAACUUCCUUCAACUUUGGUGUGUGUCGGGAGCUCUGUUUUCAGAGGAGUUGCAUAGGUAAGAUUCCCUUGCACAAAGAAUGUAGGUUCUAAGAGCUUGAUUUAAAGAACAAAUUAAAUAUUCCAUGUCUAAAUGAAGACAUUUGGUAUUUUUUUAGAAGCUAAGAUGUAAACAUUUUGUCUUGUUUCUGUCUGAAUGAAGAGGGGUUUUACUGUAGUUUUGUUUAUAUAUAUAUAUAUAUAUCUAUACACAUAUAUAUACACACAAAAAAAAGCACAGUGAUCUUUUGGUUUGUAUGUUUCACUUCCACCAAGAUGUAUGUUGCCAUACAUUUUUUUUUGUUUUGCUCUUUACAUUAGUUAAUUUUCAUAAACAGUUUUAACAAUCUCAGUCACUUAAUAAACAUCAGCGGUGCUGAAGAGUCACUCCCCACAUUACUGUGUUUUACCAAGUAACAUGAAGUUGCCUGUGUGCCCUCACCCUCUGAUUGGCACCUGUACUUCUUAUUUCUGUGUGUACCUAUAGUCAUAAAUGUGAUACUGUACUGGCAUAUUAAAAAAAAAAAAAAAAAAAAAAAGAAAAAGAAAACAAGGUGUUACACAUCUAGUUUAGAUGUGAAUAUUUUUGUAUACAGUGAAAUUCACUUUGUAUUGUAUUUACUUACACUUAGAGAUGGAUUAAAUUGGAAUAACUUAAUGAAUGUGUUCAUUAUAAAACUCUAUUUUAAAAGUUCAGAUGUACCAUAGUAGGUAUUUACACUUCUGUUUGUACACUUAAUGAUUUAAAAUUAAAUUCUUGCAAGAUUCUUGUGUGCCUUCACCUGAGGAAGGCUUCACAUGCAUCAAUAAUCUGUUCUCCAGAGGUGCUGUAAACCGAACAUUUUCUUGAACUAUCUUGCCUUUGCACAUAGAAGGUCUAUAGAUAUAAAAGAAUGAUGGAUUUAACAGACAGCUGUCUUACCUGUAUAAGUCGAGAAAGCUAAGAGUCCAACAGAAUGACGUUUAGGAUUAACAAACAAGCAAAACGAAUGUGUACAAACAGAAUAGUAUUGUAACUUCAUCAGCAUGAGUCCUGAUUCUUUUUUCAGACAGAUUUUUUUCUUUUUUAGUUUAUCUGAUGCUCAAUGAUGUAUUUCUAGCUGAUACAUUGUCCCAAUCUUAAUCUGUCUGAAUUUCUAUAACUACUGAAUGUUAAGUUUCUCAUUUUAUGUUUUUGUUACUGGGUCAUUUGAGAUUUCCUAAUUAAACUGGAUUUGGACUGAAUUGCAAAGAAAAAAUACACUAACAUUGUAACAGCUGAUGAUGUAUGUAGACUUUGUAUUCCAUUUUUCAUGGCUUUUCUCUGAUUUUUCUAUUCUCAAACCACUGUAAGCAAAAUCAUUUGUACAGAUGUACUAAUGCACUUCUGAGGCUGGUCUGCUUCUUCAGUAACUGCUCUCAGGUAUCUGAAAUAGUUUCAGCUUAGGAGUGGUUUAAGAACUAAUAUGGUUGUAUUUUUUUUUUUUAAUGUCAGUAGGAGGGGAAAUGGUACUUGAUAGUUUUAAGAAGAUGCAUUAUAUUUUUGCCUGUGUAAGUAGGAACUCUCCCAUAAGAGUGUAUUAGCAGAUGCUUAAGCACCAAAUGAGGUAUGAUGUUAGCCUUUUAAGAAAAUUAAUAGGAAAAUGCUUAUUUUUGUAAAAUAUUUUAAUAAUAAGCUUUAAUAUUCUUCAAGUGAAUUGUGUAGGAGCAUUGUUCAAGACCCUAGAUGUGCAUGUUCAUGUCUAGGAUGGUUCCAGAUCUUACUAGUAUUGAGCUAUAAUGAACAUCAUUUACCUACUCUUUUUAUGUGUAUUUUUGAGGAAGAAUGUAUGUGGGGUUGGCAUUUUUGUAUGUUUCUAGCAUUUACCACAGAAACCAUGCGUUGUGCAUCUGUUUCAAUAGCUGAAAUCCACUUCAGAGUGUAAGAGACAAACAAUGCCGUUGUUCUGUAUGCCUCCUCAAGUCUGUUUGAUAGCUAUUCUGGUGCUUUACCGAAGCAUAUGUUUUGUUUCUUAAUGUUUAGUGAUUUCAUUUUCUUGAGGGUGAUAAGAUGGUUUGAAAACCAAAUGAACUGAAAGUCUUAUUACUUCUUUUCAUGAAUGUUGCUGUAAUUUGACUGCCUUUUGAAGUGCCUCGAGACACAUUUUUCUGUUCCUCACAGCCUGUGCUUUUUCCCCUUGCUUUGUGAAAUUGGCAGUUCUGACAAAUUUGAGCUGAACGGAAGUUCCAUGAGAAAUUUGUCUAUAAGGAAUUACAGCAUUUGAAACAAAGAAUUUACUUGCACUGAAAACAUGGGUUUUGUGCAGUGUUCUCCAGAGAACAACCAAACUCAUUUUUUUCAUUUUGCUCAUUGUGGUUUGAGAACUCGGAUUUCCUUUUUCAAAAAAUGAGAGGGAACGAUCUUCAUUUUAUGUUUUCCUGUGGCAGCUGAUCUACCUUUUGUGUCUUCCUCAUAUAUUAAUGUGAAAGGUACUUUCCAACCUCAUAGUAUUUGAAUUUGUAAACUAAAAAUCUGGUUUUCUGAACAUACCUCUACUCAUCAUCUGUCUCUGGUGAAUAGACAGGCUGGGAUAGUAGAAGCGUGCAAUGAAACAAACUGUAGUUUGGGAGUGUUCUUUUUCUGUCCAUACAAAAUUGUUUAUAACAUCAGGGAAUUGUUCAGUCUUGGUGUUUCAUUUAAGAGCAACAUUAAGUCAAAGAUAUCAGGUAAGUACACCAAUAACAGAGGGGGAAAAGUGCAACAAAUGGAAGAGUUGUCAGCGAUGGUAGAGUAGGUAAUUUGUACGUGUAUGAUGGGCAAAGACUGAAGUGUAUCUCAGUUGACAUGCAGAAUGGCAAAUACAGUGUCAAGCUUGAAAUUCUUUAAUUCUCACUAUACUGUUGUAGCUAAACAACAAUAAUUGGAGGUUUCUGAUAAUCUGGAACCUAGUUUAAGUUCAAACAAUUUUUUUUUUAAAUGGGAUUUUUGCUUUUGUGUAAUUUUUUCCCCCCUAUGUAUAGAAUAAAAUAAACGAGAACUACAUUCAUUCUUAGGGGCUAUUAGAAUAUGAUGACAAAUAUGUAUCAUGCGUUUUACUCAAAUGUGAACGUUUUGUGAGAUUGAAAUUCAGUCUCUGAAACUAUCUGAUAAAUCACUAUUAUAAACUGACAGAUGUAUGCGCAUAAGGCUUUAAAUUACUGUAGAAUUUUCACACUUCUAAAAGCUGUUUAAAACUUUCAUAUGCUUGCUUGGAAUUAAAGGGAAAAAAUAGUUGUUACUGUGAGAUACUUUUAUAUAUAUAUAUGUAUAUAUAUAUGCAUAUAUACAUAUAUACAUAAGAAAUCUCUUGGGUUUUGGUGUAAGAGUGUCUUUGGGUGUGAAAAACAAUGCUUAAGUUGCAUUUUGCAUAAAUAUAAAAAUGUUGGAUCCCUUAAGCUCUGGGGUUUCAUUUGUGAAAUGCUCCUUAGCUUUUAAACCACAACAAACUUUGACAGAUAAGUCUGCUCUUCGGGUAUCAUUAGUGCCGAGAAACUGAUUGCUGUAUGAUGUUAAACUGUACAAACCUGGCACGUGCUUGGGACAGGUAGCUCAUAUAAGCUCGAGGCAGGUGGAAAACUGCAUUGCAACGAAGGGUUGACUAGAGAUUUCAUCUUUAUUUUCUCCCCAAAAUGUUUCUUGCUUUGAUAUUCUACUUGCUUGUAGAAUACUGAAAAAGGCUGAGAGUGAAGGUAUAAUCCAUACAUAUAUUUCUUCCUUUUGGAACCGCAGAGGUUUCUGAUUUUUGCCAGGAUAUACUGGCAGAAUAUUUGGAAUCAAAAUGAGCAGCCCUUUGGAUUUUAGUUGGCCGCGUGGCUUUUAAAAUGAAAAAGAUUCAAAGUUUUAGUGUGGUAUUGACCAUCUUAGGAUCCCUACUGGAAAGCAUUAAUUGUAAAUACUGUUUAUUGUGCUUUCCUGAAAGUUCCUGUAGUUGCAUAAGUAACCUAACAAACCUAGCAAAUAAUUCUCAGGAACCGAAGCUUUCUCAUGCUAGUAUUAUUGAUCCUACACAUGGUGCUUUGGAUCUGUUCACUGUUGCCAUAGAAGUGCUCAAGAUCCAUGACUCUUGCCGCAGCAAUUGUAUCACAAGAGCAGCAAAUUCUGACCUGCAGUCUCACAGCUGUCAUACCUUUUGUCCACUAAAACCUGAAAUUCUCCCACCCGUUUGUGCUGAUGCGUAGCCCACACCUCUGAAUGCGUCCACCUGUGGCUGCGGUGCUCUGUCACUGAGCCUCUGAAAAGUUCACUUGCAAAAUAUGUAAUGUCUGCGGAAACUUUGGCCUCUGGGGAGGGAACUUUCUCCAGAGUGGUUACUGGCUGAUGGCUUGAGAACAAGGGCUGCAAAUAAAAGAAAUUCCAGUCGCUGCUUCAGCCUUGCAUUAGUUUACCCAAAUACUGGAGGGGAUACAGCCUAAGCUGCUUGGGUUUACGUUCUUUUUUUUAACGUCACCAUUAAUGAUCACAUUGAGGAAGGGAAGAAGAAAUGUGUCAAUUGCUUAUGCGAACAUGGAAUGUUUUGUUUUCCCAACUGCUUUGCAAUUAUAGCAGCAAAAGAAUAUUUGACAGCUGUGUACUGGUAUACGUUCACGAAAUUGCUCCUCUAAAUGUCUGUUUUUUCAAAUGAACAAUUGAAUGUGUUGGGUUUUGAAAUAACUUGAUUUAAAUUAUUUUGAAAUUACUGAAUGUUGAAAUUGUGAAUUAUUAAUGAAAUGAAGGUAGUCAAUUGUUCUGUAAUGGAAUUCAACUGAAAUCCAGUGUAUGGAAUUAUACCGUCCCAAGUGUUCUGUGAACUCUUACGGUAAUUCACUUUGAAUGGCGUGGUUCCUCAUUUGCCUAAAUAGAUGGGAGUAAGAAGUAGGGGCUCGGGUUUUUUCCUAGGGCAGGAGGAGACCUGCAGGUCUGUAUUGUACUAUUUGAAGAGUGGGUUUGCGCGAUCAAACUGCAAGAGUGUAUUUUUAGAUGUCAAGUCCAUCCUGCUUGCCACUAGGCUGCAAAUUUGGAAGUGCCGCUAUCAAAAUCUGUGCGCUCCUAAAUGUUACUGGGCUGUGAGCCACCCACUUCAUGAUACAAUCAGUGCAUUACUUUAAUGUCAAAUUUAAAUCAGUUUAAAAGUUCUGUAAGUGAGCAGGUAAAAAUGUAACGAUCUAGCUGCGGGCAAAAUUACCUUACUUGCUUGUUGCUUCAUUCUUUCAGAAUGCAUACUUUAGGAAAUGCUCUAUAUAAAUGUUUCCAUCGGCCACAGGAACAGUAGCUAUUUCUACCUUUAUCACUGGAUACUUCCAAAUGUGAGAUCCCCAUUCUUUCAGUUUUGUUGUACAAUUGGUUUGAAUUCCCGUAUCCUAAAGCGAUUGCACAAACAAGUAGCUACUGCUCCUGUUAGUUUGUGUUAGUUUACGUACGGUGAAGUAGAUGCACGACUUGUGUAUGUAUAGAUAAGGCAACAAUUUUCUGUGUAUUAUGGGGACUAGCAAAAUCUACAUCACAAAUUUUGACACAUUACAGCUGAAGGAAGAGGAGCAGCGUACAAGACAAGAUACGUUCUUCAAGGAAAGAUGCUUGUCCGGCAGUUUGCUUCAUGUGAUUGAACUGAGCCUGUAAGGAUUCAUGGAUAAAAUGAACAGGAAUAGAUCUGAAUAAAGCAAAUCUGCAUACAUGGUAACCAGUAGCUCUUUUACUUUUUUUAUGUUGCUUAACUGUUUUAUUUGAGGGAAACCUGUGUGAUUUAAACCUUAUAGCUUUUGCAACUUCAUUACUGGUUAUAUACAUUUGGCAAUUAUAAUGUGCGAGCAAUUGGAAAAAGUCAAGUAAAUGCUUGUUUUUAUAGUAGUUUGUUCAUGUUAAAAUGUUCAUAUGAUAAUGUCUGUACACAGCACCACUUUGAUUACAGUAGAUGUAGUGUUGUAAUAAACUGUUUAAUGGGGCUGAUGUGUAAAGCUGUUCAAGUUAUUUGAUGUUUACACCUCAGGGAAAGUCUUGUGUUCAGCAAUAUUUAAAGAUAAUGUUACAAUGAAAACGUUGAUGCUGUCUUUAAAAACAUCGCAAUAGUUCUUGCAUAUGCCUCAACCUAAUCUUGCAUUCAGUGAGUUGAACUUACUAAUGUUGCUCUCACGCUCAAUUUUGAUACGAAGACAGGUGGUUACAAAACCUUUAAUGCUGUUUUGCUUUCUAGCAGUGGUCACCUAGGUGGCUUGUGAACUUGCUCAUUGACGUAUAAAACUGUAAAAACUGCAGUUCUUCGCGUUCUCUGGCUUUGAGGAAGGUGCUCCCAGGUCUCUGAUGGGAGCACACUGAAAAUGCUCUUUCGCACUGUCUUGAUCCUGGUCGACGCUGCCGUUCAUGUUAAACUGUUUGCAUGGUCUUAAACCAUUCAUACUGAGGGGUGCAAAGGUUAGCUUUAAAAAAAAAAAAAGAAAGAAUACUCCUGCAGUUGUUUACAGUUUUAUAGAAGUAGUGCUUGUGUGUUUCUCCCUUCCCUCCGCCCCGAGGCUGUGACAGUCUGUACAUAGCUGUAUAUUAGAUGUGACAGGAGGAAGCAGAUGUUUCCAUUUUUCAGACUUUAUGGGUUUGGUACUUUCUUAAUGCUUUGGGGUUCAUUCACACGUGCGUAUAGAAGAGAAGGUACGCCUGUAUGUCCGUGGUCCACCAUGGGCAAUAUUGAGGUAUCUUCGCAAGAAGCGGCGCUAAUUAAAUCCGUCAAAUGAGGUUUUGUAAAUGGAGUUAAAAACAGUUUGCUGGAGCUUAGCUUGGAAGCUGAAUUCCAGUUAUGGAAAAUUGUUUGAAAUUGCAGUAAGCACAAAUGAAUGGAAAGAUUCAUUUAAUUUGAAAACACUCCGUUUCUGGAGGCCUUGCACAAAGGCUCAUUCUUUGUCUGUCGCAAAUCAUUAUGUAAUGGAUUUAUUCUUAGUUCUCACUGAUUCACGUAGCUGCACUUAGUGCUUUAAAUUCAGUUUCAAGACCUCAGAUGGCUUUAAGAAGCAGCUCUUAGAAAGCUCUUUGUUUCUUUUUUUACCGAUUUUCUUUCUUGGAAGGUUUUACAGCAGACCUAAAAUCUGUUCUCCUGUUCAGGAAAGCACUUCAAUCCACUUGGGUUUCCAGAGCACGUGCUUACAUUCUGCCCAUUUCAAGGAAUGUAAACAUACGCUCUAAGUUAAUUUGUGCAGAGUGAGUGAUUUUGAUGCUUUGCUGAGUCGGGACCAGUAGCGUGUACAACUGCAGAAGCUUUGCUUAAGUCUGAAAUGCUCUCGUGUUUUUAUCACCGACCCUUGGCCGAAUUUUCUGCAGCCAGGUUGAUGCUGUUGGACCGGCCUGCAAGCUUCAGACCCCCUCCCCUCUUUUUCCUUAAAUUGUGUACCUCAAAUCCUCACGCGUGGGAUCGCUGGUGUUAAUCGAACUAUUUGCUACUGAGAAGAUAUUUGCAAUGUUUGUUUAAACCUGUUUCUGAAUGAAAGCUGCCUUUUAACAUUUUGUAAACUGAAAGUUGUGUCUAAUGAGCCACGACUCAUUUCCUGCUUUUUGUGAAUAGGUGUUGGUUACAAACAAUACUGUUGUAAUUUUAUUUUUUAACUUCAAAACCUUGUUUACUGCGGUGUGUAAUAAGUUUAAGGGAGGAGUAACCUGCCUGUAGCUGUUACGUGAGGAAUAGCUCAUGCUGGAGAGGCAGCAGGUAAGUAACGUUCCAUUGCAGAGCUAUAUUAUAACUCCAAAUAAAAAAUCGAAAACAUUUUAUGCAGGAAUUGAUAUUUUACUCCACACUGAGAUAGCUAUAAGGAGACCGGUGCUCUUCUACAGAGUGUAGCUUCUCACUCGUGCAGAUUUCUGUUGCUGGCAAUAGAAACAGCAGGAGAAAAAUAGCAGGAAGAAAACAACACAGGUUAAACUGAGUGUGUUGUGGCUUAGAAGAAGAGGUCCCCACAUGAAGCCCUUUAUUUCUGCCUGUGCUCUGAGUACUUAGUUUGAACUGAUAGACACACCAUGUCACUAUUUAGAUAGCACUCUUGCUACUGUGAGUUUCGUUAGAUUUUUUUUUUUUAUGAAACAAGAAAUCUGUACUGAAAAAGAUCCAAAGACCCUGAUAGACACCAAAAAGGAAUAUGUCUGAUGCACAUCAUGUCCAAGUGGAUCCGUAAUACAAUUGUACCAGGUUUUGGUUUAUUACAUGUGACUGACGGCUUCCUGUGCGUGCUCAGGAAACGGCAGUUGGGCACUGCACUGCCCGGUGAUGGUGCCACGGUGGCUCCUGCCACCUUCUUUGAUAUUCACUCUGUUGUAUUUCAUCUCUUCUUGCUGAUGAAAGGAUAUAACAGUCUGUGAGGAAAUACUUGGUAUUUCUUCUGAUCAACGUUUUUGUAAGUAAUGUUGAAUAUUGGAUAAGGCUGUGUGUCCUUUGUCUUGGGAGACAAAGCCCACAGCAGGUGGUGGUUGGGGUGGUGGCAGCUCAGUGACAGGAGAGGUUUUUUUGCCUGUUUUUUUUUUUUUUUUUAAGUAAGGUGUUCUUUUUUCUUAGUAAAAUUUCUACUGGACUGUAUGUUUUGACAGGUCAGAAACAUUUCUUCAAAAGAAGAACCUUUUGGAAACUGUACAGCCCUUUUCUUUCAUUCCCUUUUUGCUUUCUGUGCCAAUGCCUUUGGUUCUGAUUGCGUUAUGGAAAACGUUGAUCGGAACUUGAGGUUUUUAUUUAUAGUGUGGCUUGAAAGCUUGGAUAGCUGUUGUUACACGAGAUACCUUAUUAAGUUUAGGCCAGCUUGAUGCUUUAUUUUUUCCCUUCGAAGUAGUGAGCGUUCUCUGGUUUUUUUCCUUUGAAACUGGCGAGGCUUAGAUUUUUCUAAUGGGAUUUUUUACCUGAUGAUCUAGUUGCAUACCCAAAUGCUUGUAAAUGUUUUCCUAGUUAACAUGUUGAUAACUUCGGAUUUACAUGUUGUAUAUACUUGUCAUCUGUGUUUCUAGUAAAAAUAUAUGGCAUUUAUAGAAAUACGUAAUUCCUGAUUUCCUUUUUUUUUUUAUCUCUAUGCUCUGUGUGUACAGGUCAAACAGACUUCACUCCUAUUUUUAUUUAUAGAAUUUUAUAUGCAGUCUGUCGUUGGUUCUUGUGUUGUAAGGAUACAGCCUUAAAUUUCCUAGAGCGAUGCUCAGUAAGGCGGGUUGUCACAUGGGUUCAAAUGUAAAACGGGCACGUUUGGCUGCUGCCUUCCCGAGAUCCAGGACACUAAACUGCUUCUGCACUGAGGUAUAAAUCGCUUCAGAUCCCAGGGAAGUGUAGAUCCACGUGCAUAUUCUUAAAGAAGAAUGAAUACUUUCUAAAAUAUUUUGGCAUAGGAAGCAAGCUGCAUGGAUUUGUUUGGGACUUAAAUUAUUUUGGUAACGGAGUGCAUAGGUUUUAAACACAGUUGCAGCAUGCUAACGAGUCACAGCGUUUAUGCAGAAGUGAUGCCUGGAUGCCUGUUGCAGCUGUUUACGGCACUGCCUUGCAGUGAGCAUUGCAGAUAGGGGUGGGGUGCUUUGUGUCGUGUUCCCACACGCUGCCACACAGCCACCUCCCGGAACACAUCUCACCUGCUGGGUACUUUUCAAACCAUCUUAGCAGUAGUAGAUGAGUUACUAUGAAACAGAGAAGUUCCUCAGUUGGAUAUUCUCAUGGGAUGUCUUUUUUCCCAUGUUGGGCAAAGUAUGAUAAAGCAUCUCUAUUUGUAAAUUAUGCACUUGUUAGUUCCUGAAUCCUUUCUAUAGCACCACUUAUUGCAGCAGGUGUAGGCUCUGGUGUGGCCUGUGUCUGUGCUUCAAUCUUUUAAAGCUUCUUUGGAAAUACACUGACUUGAUUGAAGUCUCUUGAAGAUAGUAAACAGUACUUACCUUUGAUCCCAAUGAAAUCGAGCAUUUCAGUUGUAAAAGAAUUCCGCCUAUUCAUACCAUGUAAUGUAAUUUUACACCCCCAGUGCUGACACUUUGGAAUAUAUUCAAGUAAUAGACUUUGGCCUCACCCUCUUGUGUACUGUAUUUUGUAAUAGAAAAUAUUUUAAACUGUGCAUAUGAUUAUUACAUUAUGAAAGAGACAUUCUGCUGAUCUUCAAAUGUAAGAAAAUGAGGAGUGCGUGUGCUUUUAUAAAUACAAGUGAUUGCAAAUUAGUGCAGGUGUCCUUAAAAAAAAAAAAAAAAGUAAUAUAAAAAGGACCAGGUGUUUUACAAGUGAAAUACAUUCCUAUUUGGUAAACAGUUACAUUUUUAUGAAGAUUACCAGCGCUGCUGACUUUCUAAACAUAAGGCUGUAUUGUCUUCCUGUACCAUUGCAUUUCCUCAUUCCCAAUUUGCACAAGGAUGUCUGGGUAAACUAUUCAAGAAAUGGCUUUGAAAUACAGCAUGGGAGCUUGUCUGAGUUGGAAUGCAGAGUUGCACUGCAAAAUGUCAGGAAAUGGAUGUCUCUCAGAAUGCCCAACUCCAAAGGAUUUUAUAUGUGUAUAUAGUAAGCAGUUUCCUGAUUCCAGCAGGCCAAAGAGUCUGCUGAAUGUUGUGUUGCCGGAGACCUGUAUUUCUCAACAAGGUAAGAUGGUAUCCUAGCAACUGCGGAUUUUAAUACAUUUUCAGCAGAAGUUCUUAGUUAAUCUCUACCUUUAGGGAUCGUUUCAUCAUUUUUAGAUGUUAUACUUGAAAUACUGCAUAACUUUUAGCUUUCAUGGGUUCCUUUUUUUCAGCCUUUAGGAGACUGUUAAGCAAUUUGCUGUCCAACUUUUGUGUUGGUCUUAAACUGCAAUAGUAGUUUACCUUGUAUUGAAGAAAUAAAGACCAUUUUUAUAUUAAAAAA